GCCCCACCUCCCGAGUGUUUCUAUAGUAAUUUCCAGCCAAUGAUCAGUAGGUGUCCACAUCCACGCUGCCUCACCUCGGCGCCAAUCAGCCACACACAGCGACAGGAGACGCGGACUGAGCAGAGACACAAUACCGCCGCCGGAAUCGGGAGGAGAGGCGGAAACGCCGCGCCACCUUCUUCUUCCCAGUCCUCCUCCUUCCACACCUAUUUUUUGGCUUUUUAAUGCACUUUCCGGUCUUGUUGCAGCGUGACAGGAAAGUCGAUAUGAAAUGAUUCUUUUGUUUUGAGCGCUCCGAGAGACGCACACACACACGCGCGCGCGCGCGCAGGGUCGCCUCGCCGCGCUCUCCUCAGGCAGCUUGUCUGUGCGUCUUCUCGCAUCUUUGCGUUUUAUCAGCGUCGCCUCGCAGUAAUGUGCCGUUGCGCGGUCGCGGGCUGGUAGCAUCUUGGGAGCCCCUCUCGACAGGAACCUGCCCCGAAGAAGAAAAAGGAAAAACCCAGGAUGGUAGCCCAUUGUUGGUAGCCAGCUUGAGUUUGACGAAGACCACUUUGACUUCCUUGUCCUCCUUUUGAACACUGACGAGCCGUCUUCAGCCAUGUCCAACAUAAACACUGCACUUUGCAUAGAGAACGGACAGAAUGCAGAUGUGUCUCUCUUGCAAAAGGGUAAUCUUCAGGAUGGUGGAUUAAGCCAGCUUUUGGAUUAUAACGCCGAAAUGGAAAGGUACAGGUCUUUUGCGAACUUUUAUAAAACCAAUGGGGCAUUUCCUCAGACUGCUAAAAUUGCCCGUAUCACGACACCCAUCUUUCCCAGUGCCAGAAUCGGCAUGUCCCCAUGGAACUGUGAUAACGCCAUGCUCUGGGGAAGGAAAUCAGCGGCAAUAAACCCUAAUAGGACCACCAUGCAUAGAAAUGACUCCCAGAGAACGGGGAAGCCUGGCGUGCCGCCAGAGACGCUGCAAAUGGCAAAUAAUAAUUUCCUCUCUACCUUAUCCCCUGAACACUGCAGACCUUUAGCAGGAGAAUGCAUGAACAAGCUGAAAUGCGGCACUGCUGAAGCAGAGAUAAUGAAUCUCCCUGAACGCGUUGGAACUUUUUCCGCUAUUCCGGCUUUAGGGGGCAUCUCAUUACCUCCCGGGGUCAUCGUCAUGACAGCCCUUCACUCCCCCGCAGCCUCAGCAGCCGUUACAGACAGUGCGUUUCAAAUUGCCAAUCUGGCAGACUGCCCACAGAAUAAUUCCUCAGCAUCCAGUGGAAACCCAGCGAAAAAGAAAAGGAAAAGGUGUGGGGUGUGUGCACCCUGCAGGCGGCUAAUCAACUGCGGCGUCUGCAGCAGUUGUCGGAACCGCAAAACCGGUCACCAGAUCUGCAAGUUUAGGAAAUGCGAGGAGCUGAAGAAGAAACCAGGCUCAUCGCUGGAGGUGAGAAACAGGGGCUGUGCUCCCCCCCUCUUUUGUUAUUAUCCCCGUGCACUCCAAAGCAUUAACCUCUUCAUCCAGUCACGUUCUAAGCCCUUGAAAAUUGUUUCCAUGCCCACCCAUGCCUGAACAUCCCCCCGGUUUCUCAAAUCUGCCUACCCGCCUAGCCUAAUUGGCAGUAAUUAGGGGUGUUUGUGUGGAGCGCAAGCUGAGCUUGGCUCAGACACCCCUAAUUGCUGCCAGUCAGGCUGGGGCUGGAACGCAUUCGAACAACCCCAAGCUUGGCUCUGUUCCAAACAGGGAUGGGAAAUGGUUUUCAGCAGAGAGCCAUCUCUCUCUGCACCCAGUCAUUUUAACCAAUUAUGGAAACCGUCUCUGGAUGGGGGGAAUCAAUACCCCACAAAGCCUCAGUCUGCGGCCACCAAGAAAUGGUGAGAGUGGCGGAAUUGCUGAUGGCAUUUCUUAAUGCAACCGUGUUUUGUGUGUGUGGGGUUGUCAUCAGCAAAAGACGUGCACCGAUUCCCACUUUAAUUCACAAAUUUACAUCAGAGGAUGGAAUUAAAUCCUUUUACAACACCUUUUCUUUAUUGUGGAUCAGCGUGGGGCAUAAUUGCAAAAAGACGGUAAAAAUAAAAAGAUAAAGUUUCUAUAUCACAUGAAACAAACCCAAAAUUAAAAAAAUAUCUCAAAUCCCAGGAGGGAAGAAAAUUGAUUAAGAAUUUACAGAUCAAAAAGUUUAAACUCAAUUCCCUUUUGAUGCUUCAUUCCAAUCAAUAUGAACUUGUGAAAAUGUUCCUUAGUGCAGAGACUGAACUUUGCCUCCUGCUAACAUGAGGAUGUGUUCCUAACAAAUGCAACCUGAGGCCUGGAGAAAUUGUUCAUUAAUUAAAUGAUUACACGGGCAGUAAAAUUGGGUUAAUUAAAAAGCAUUACCUAAUCUCCUUUAGUGAAAAUACCCUGUUUGAUUCUUUUGUUAACUAUUAUUAAGACGUCAGUCUGAUUCUUUUGUUUGAGCUUUUCAAUUGGUGGUUAUUUAUAGAUGCUCCCAGAAUGUUGUUUUUGUUUACUUCCUGAAUAUUGUAUACAGAUUAGACUUCUCUUAGUCAA